AUGGCCGCAUUCUACGAGACCCUCGACCUGUACGAGGGACACCAGCUGUUCAGACUCACUAAGUUCUACCGGGACAGAAUAGAACAGGCCUUUGAGGAAGACAUGGAGGCAGUCAUCUCACUGUUGACAAGGAAGGAAUAUUUCAGCCAGCAGGAACUUCAAAAACUGACUGAGCUCACACAGAGUGGGCGGAAGAGACAAAGCUCGAAACAUCUUCUGAACCUGGUGCUGGGGAAAGGUUCCCGGGUCUGUAGAGAGGCAUGGGAAUGGUUCGUUGAAAUGAGACCCACUCUGCCCAAAUUGAACAAAAUAAUGACUGAAAUACAGGAAGAAGGUGCCAGUCUAGUAAACGAAAUGAUGAUUGACCAACGUGUACGACAGAUACCCAGGAACCUGAAAGAUGUUCAACGACUGCACAAGGAGAUGUUACAGAAAAAAAGUGAAAGCCUAGAAAUGAGGCUCUGGCGCGAGCCAAUCAGGAGGGUGGGUGCCGGAGGUGUGUCUAACCCCUGUGUCAAUGCUCUAAUUGAAGAUGUUCAACGACUGCACAAGGAGAUGUUACAGAAACAAAGUGAAAGCCUAGAAGUGAAGACCAUACUGAUCAAGGAGAAGGUGAAGACGUUUCAGUUGGUUGACCGCUACACGGAGUUAACCAUCAUUUCUGAUCUCCGUCACCGGAAACUGGUAGAACAUGAGCUGCUGGCGAGAGGCAGAGACCACGAGGAGUGGAGACAGAAGGAGCUCCGGGGAAAGCUGGAAAAAAUCCGAACUGAUAAACUGUUCCACAGCAGCUUCUCCAGAAGAGGAUUAUUGUCCGUGAUUAGAAAAUUCUACCAGGGAAGCGGUUCUGUCUCUCCCACAGGUACUUCCGCAGUAGUGAGUGGAGUGGCGGGGAUUGGGAAAACAACCAUGGUUCAAAAGCUUGUCCAUGACUGGGCCACAGGCAAAAUCUACCCUCACUUUCACUUUGUAUUUGUUUUUAAAUUCCGAGACCUAAACACCAUUCAGUGCGGAACAGCCCUGAGCCGUCUGAUCGUGGAGCAGUAUCCUUACCUCAGGGAUGUUCUGGACGAGCUGUGGAAACACCCAGAGACAUUGCUCUUUAUAUUUGAUGGAUUGGAUGAAUUCAGAGCAAGAAUUGAUUUCGGUGACAAUCGGAGAGACACAGAGCCUCAACGCAGGUGCACAGACCCUGAAUUCUGCUGUAAAGUGUCUGACAUUGUGUACAGUUUAAUACAGCGAAAGCUGCUGCCAGGAUGCUCAGUGCUGGUGACCAGCCGCCCCACUGCAUUACAUUUACUGGCAAAGGCUCAGGUCAGUGUCUGGGCUGAAAUCCUGGGUUUUGUGGGUGAAGAGAGAAGGAUAUAUUUUCACAAGUUCUUUCAAGAUCAGAAGGUGGCGGCUGCUGUUUACAGUCACGUGGAGGAGAACGAGCUCCUGUCCACCAUGUGCUACAACCCGUCCUACUGCUGGAUCCUCGCUCUAUCUCUGGGUCCCUUCUUUAAACGGAAAAACAGCAACAAACAGCGUGUUCCCAAGACGAUCACACAACUCUUCUCCUAUUAUAUAUACCACAUUCUAUCACAUCACAGUGUCAAGGUGGAAAGCCCCCGUUAUGUGCUGCUAAACAUUGGUGCCAUGGCCUUCACUGGAGUUUCCCAGAAAAACAUCGUUUUUAAUGAUGAAGAUCUGAUCAAAUCUGACCUCCAACCUUCCCAGUUCCUCUCUGGCUUUCUCAUGGAACUUAUGCAGAGAGCGUCUUCAGAGCACAACGUGGUCUACGCUUUCCCGCACCUGACCAUCCAGGAGUUUGUAGCCGCACUCGCCCAGUUCCUGUCUCCACAUUGCAAAACCAUCAGGAGAUGUCUGGAUGUUGCUGACAGGGAGAAUGAUGGUCGAUUCGAGAUAUUCCUGCGCUUUGUUGCGGGUCUCUGCUCCCCACGAGCAGCUCAGCCACUGGAGCAGUUUUUGGGGCCGUUUGAUCAUCAGACAACCUGCGCGGUGAUCGAUUGGCUGAAGGAGAAGUUUAAAGCCCAGAACAGAGACACAGACACCGUCACUGGGAAAAGGAAGCUGCUGAACACACUCCACUACCUGUUUGAGUCUCAGAAUCAAGCCCUGGCACAGCUCACACUGGGGUCUGUACAAACACUGACAUUGGGUGACAUAUCUCCAGUGAAAGCCUUGAGGUUGACACCGAUAGACUGUGUUGUGCUGUCUCAGGUCAUUGGACUGUGUGAUACCAUAAAACUACUGAAUUUGAGCAGCUGCUGCAUUCAGGAUGAGGGUCUCCGACGUCUAGUUCCUGCUCUGCACAAGUGUCAGGAGUUGCAGCUGGGGGGUAACAGACUCACAGCUGAUUGUACCGAGGAUCUCGUCUCCGCUCUCAUUACAAACAACUCACUGACAAAGCUGGGCCUCAAUAGUAAUAAACUGGGAGAUUCUGGAGUGAAGAAACUGUGUGAGGCUCUGCGGAACCCGGAGUGUAAAAUACAGAAACUGUGGCUGUGGGUUAACAGUCUGACAGCUGAUUGUGCCGAGGAUCUCGCCUCCGCUCUCAGUACAAACCAUUCACUGACAGAGCUGGACCUGGGUGAUAAUAAACUGGGAGAUUCAGGAGUGAAGCAACUGUGUGAGGCUCUGAGGAACCCGCAGUGUAAAAUACAGAGUCUGAG